ACCAGAGAGAUUCGAAGCUGAUAUCGCAUUUUCGUCUUUUCAACUGCGCUUUCUCAGAUUUUCCAUCGCCGCGGGCAUUGACUUUACUGUGGUGGUUCCCGGCGAAACAUCUCCGACAAGAGGGUUUCAGUAGCAGGUGAUAAGAGAUGGCAUCGAGGUUCCAAGCAUUCUUGAACAGUCCCGUUGGCCCUAAAACGACUCAUUUCUGGGGGCCCAUUGCAAACUGGGGCUUUGUUGCUGCUGGUUUGGUGGACAUGAACAAACCCCCUGAAAUGAUUUCUGGAAACAUGACAUCGGCGAUGUGCAUUUACUCAGCGUUGUUCAUGAGAUUUGCAUGGAUGGUUCAACCACGCAACUAUUUGCUUCUGGCUUGCCAUGCUUCCAACGAGACUGUACAGCUCUAUCAGCUUUCUCGGUGGGCCAGGAGUCAGGGGUACUUGUCAUCAGAGAAGCAGCAGGAGGAGAAACCGUCCGAGUAGCGGUAACCCAUCAUGGAUCAAGACAAAAAGGUUUCGACUUUGAAUCUGAAUAACUUGGGAUUGACACUGCGAAUCUCGUAAGAGAUGGCAAGACACUGCUUUAGUAACAACAUCCUAUUUGUGUGUUAAUGUUCCUACUGUUGAAAUUGGUCGUCGCUCUUUAUUGUGUUCGGGUUUGCAGAAUUCCGUAUAAUUUACGAUCAUUAUUACACAUUGCA